AUGGGAGUUGUUGAAAUAGCUCGUAAUAGCUCAUGGGAUUUAGGUAUGGGGGCCUCACGAUGUCGCUGGGCGUAUCCAGCUAUACUUCCAUCCACAGUGCUACUGCCUCGUUGUCUUGGAGCAUUUGUGUGGGAGAGGGUGUUCCCUGUCUGUUUCUUUUAGGAAAUUGUAUUAGUGGUAUUCUUUGGAACAGAGUAUGUAGUUCGGUUAUGGUCAGCAGGAUGCCGCAGUAAAUAUGUUGGAAUAUGGGGAAGGCUUCGUUUUGCUAGGAAGCCUAUUUCGAUCAUUGAUUUAAUUGUAGUUGUUGCUUCUAUGAUAGUUCUUUGUGUGGGCUCUAAAGGUCAAGUCUUUGCAACCUCCGCUAUCAGGGGCAUCCGUUUUCUGCAGAUUUUACGAAUGUUGCAUGUUGACCGUCAGGGUGGUACAUGGAGGCUGCUGGGAUCAGUAGUGUUCAUACACAGACAAGAACUGAUAACUACACUCUACAUUGGAUUUCUGGGCCUGAUUUUUUCCUCUUAUUUUGUGUACCUGGCUGAAAAAGAUGCUGUAAAUGAUUCUGGAGAAACAGAGUUUGGCAGCUAUGCAGAUGCCCUGUGGUGGGGAGUAGUGACUGUUACAACUAUUGGCUAUGGGGAUAAAGUACCUCAGACCUGGAUAGGAAAAACCAUUGCAUCUUGUUUUUCAGUAUUCGCAAUUUCAUUUUUUGCACUACCUGCGGGAAUUCUUGGUUCAGGCUUUGCCCUAAAGGUACAACAGAAACAAAGACAGAAGCAUUUCAACCGUCAAAUUCCAGCUGCUGCCUCUCUCAUACAG